UUCUUCAGUACGCUGUGGGCCGGCCGGGACUGGAGACGUUCUCCCCACGCAUCUCCCAUCAUCAUCUACGCCAACCUCUUAGGAUCUUCCCUCCCUAACAACACAGUGAGGGAGCGGGUCAGUGGCACUGGUGGUGUCCCAGCCGCACCUGCCUCGAGUUAUGUCGUCAAUGAGACCCGGCCACAAGCCCCGGGCCAUCCUCUCCUUCAUCAACUGGGAUCAGAGACACCGGGACCUGCGGGGGCUCCUCGCUCAGGCCUUCCAAGCCAACAACCACUUCUCUGAAGGCUAUAUCCUCAACGCUAUAGAGGCCGACGCCUCGGAAGAGAUGGGAGAGCCGUUGUUAUGGUAUCCGGUAGCCCACAUGGUGAAGGAGUUCCGGGCUGGGAUGUACCCGAGGGAUGGCCGGAAGCACGAGAAGGCACUGGGCAGCCACUUCACCUUAUUGCAGGACUCCUACUACGAGCACACCAAACUCACGCUCAUCCUGGACAAGGGAGGUGGAGGAGGAACAGGAGGAAGGGCGUCUCCAUCUCCGCCUGUCGUUAAUGGUGGUGGUGGUGGAGGAGCUGGAGGAGGAGGACCUGGAGGAGGAGGAGGAUCUGGAGGAGGAGGAAGAGAGGGGCGGGCCAAACACUUGCUGGUACUAGCGUACAAGUCGCUCGAAGACUCCACAGACCCACACCUGCUGGAGGGAUGGGUGAGAUGGUCCGGGGCGUGGGAGGCCUACACUCACCUACAGGAGAAGAAAUUGCCAGUGUCUACCAUCACGCUGUACGUGAGGGAGAACAACAUGAUGGUGACCAAAAAGCCAAAAGAGACGUUUAAGUACGUAGUGUUGUUGAGGUGACAACGUCGUCGGCAGGAGAACAGCAGCAGCUCCGGGCGGCGACACAGCGACUGCGGGUAGAGCGGUGGAGCGGCUACACAGGCAUCUACACUGUUCACACCCUCCAGGAUUUUAGCGACAACUUCUCCAGCAACGACAGCAUCAGUAGGAUCGUUGGAGACGUCAUGUGACAGUUCUGGUUUCAGUCUUCUGGAAAAGGACGCCGAUGACCGAAGGAGACGAGACAGGUCGAGUGACGGUGCCUCGACCCUGGCCGAGGGGUAAUGUCCUCAAGUGUGUGUUUGCUUGUUGUGUUGUCAGCGAAUAUAUUCUUACAUGGAAAAUGAGAACAUUUGUAAAUAGAAUAAAAAUUUAAUAAUGUGAAAACAGUGGACCAGAAGUGAGCGUGCUGUGAAUAUGAUGGUGAAAGCAUCAAGUGCGAAACCCCAGCAGUUCCCUGGUGGAAAGUGUUCUGGGAUGAGCACGCCCAACUGAUAAUAUUUAGCAGUGUUGAAAUUAAAAUGCGGAAAGUAUUAAAAGAAGUGAAUAAUCUGACUAUGAAACGCACCUAUUACACAGAAUUAAUCUUCACGGGUAUUAACUGAGGGAGUAAGUCUCCCUCAGUUAAUGUACGGACAUUUGAUGAUGAUGAUCGCUGACACACAAGUUUAGGAUACUGGGGCACUGGGAGCAACAAAGAAAUAACUGAUAUCGGCUUUAAUUGCCGCCAUGCAACUGUCGCGUACACACUGAUCUCGAUCUACUGUAAACACUAACGGAAGGACAAAGAUAACCCGAAGAUAACUAGGAGGUGCAAGAGCAACAGCUCCAGUUGGGAUACUCUGUUUUAUGAGGAAGUUCUCAUUAACUGACCAGCGAAACGUGGCGCUGGUUACCACUGUCCUGCUUGGAGGUUAACAACAAGAAACACCGACAGGCAGAUUUUUCACAAUAUACCCGCCAGUCUACGACUUGAGUCACUCUCUGGGUCACAGUGAGCAGUCUGCAUCAGUAGUGAUUAAGGUGUGGACCAGCGGACACCAGACCGUCUCUGUGAGUACUGAUAACCCGUCUAGCUGGACCAAACUGGUGAUCUCAGACGAUCCCCAAUGAACCAAGUCACAUAUGCGAGGCUCAUGAUUCUUCCACCGUGAGAACCAGUACGUCUAGUGACCAGCAUCCUGUGGAGCUCCUCCUGCUGGGGAAGUGACACAAGGAGUGACUCAGUGGUGGUGUCGCUUGACCUCACACGCAAGAUACUUCCACACAGGCGAUGUGUCGUCACCUGUCAAGACUGUAAGGCUGGUCCCUCCUCUCUCACGGUGCAUCAUAUUAUAGACGCCUCUAGGUUUGUGAAAUCUAGUCCUAAUGUUACAUUUAAUUUUCAUUCCAUAUAAAGAGUAAUUUAUAUCCAGUUCAUGUGAAAAAUCAACCAUAAUAAUUUGCUUA